AAAUGAAAUUCUUCAUUUAUCAUUCAUUUUUUGUUAUUUUGGGAUUAUUUUUGGUCAUGAUGAUUCUAGAACCAACAAUGGCCAAUCCAAUACCAGAAAUUCAAUUAGCUGAUUCACCUGUAGCCGAUUCAUUUGAUUGUCCAUUAACAUCAUUAUGUAGAAAACAUUGUCAAGAAAAUGGUUUUAAAGAUGGUGUUUGUCAAGGUUUAUUGAAUAAAGAUUGUCGUUGUAUUGGUUGAUUUUUUUCUUUUUGGGAUAAAAAUUAACCGACAAUUAUUUUAGAAAAACUGAUGAAACAAACAAAUCUUAACCUUUAUUAUUAUCAUUAUUAACAGGUCAUUACUUUUAUUCUAUUUAAAUAUCAAAGAUGAAAAAAAUUAAAUAAAAUUAAUUGAAAUUACAUUCAUAAUUACAUUAA